AUAAAUCACUUAUACUAGGUCUCAGUCGACGGACAAUUCUCGCAGCCUCAUUACGCGGUCCUCCUGCUGAUUUUUUAAUCCAGCUCGUCUUUUAUAACUGCGAAGACAUGUCGACGACAGCGCUGGGGAUAAGUGCCCUGUUCAUGGUGGGCUGCUGUGCACUGGCCCAAAUCGCCCGGGUUAUCAGCCGGCGAAUGGUGACUCGGGAGGGAAUCGUUCCCAUCCUGAUCAACGAGGCUAUCGCCGCCGCCGAGCUGUGUGCCUGCUGCUUCGAGCUGAUCAUAGUGGCCGACAACUUCGGAGUGUCCAUGUACGCCAUCUGCCUGUUCCUGCUGACCAUCUGGUGGGGCCGGGUGUGGGGCGACGCCUCCGCCUGCCCGUACACCCACAUGGAGGACGUGCUGGAGGGUCGCACCAGCUUCAAGGAGAUGGCGCUGCGCAGUUGGGCCGAGCUGAUGGGCGGAUGCUGCGUCUACCGGGUGGUGCAGUUCUUCUGGUGGCUGGAGCUGGCCGAGACCCAUCGCGGACGGGCCUUCGAGGCCUGCAACGCUGACCUCCAGGUUAGCCCGUACUUGGGCGCGGUCAUCGAGGGCGUGGCCACGCUCCUCUGCCGACUGGCCUCGAAGACGAUCAGCGAAAAGGAGCCACGCUUCGGCAGCUACAUCGACUCCUUCAUCGGCACUAGCCUGGUGGUGGCAGCUUUCAACUUCUCCGGCGGCUACUUCAAUCCGGUCCUGGCCACGGCGCUCAAGUGGGGCUGCCGCGGUCACAGCCACCUGGAGCACAUCAUCGUCUACUGGAUUGGCGCCUGUGCCGGCGCCGUGCUCUCCAUUCCGGUCUUCAAGCUGCCCGCGGUGCGACGCAUCCUUCUUGGCGAGGAGGCGGACUCCAAGUCGAAGCGGGAAUAAGCCAAGUGGGGAGCUUUCGUACGAGUAUUUCGAAUAUCUGUCAAUACCUAGAAAGAUAAACGAUUCUUACCAUGUCUGGUUUAAAGCAAAGAUUGUUGCUCUCAAUUUCUAAGAGAAAAUCGGAAGAAAGCUUUAGCCGACCCGCAAAUCAUUAUUCUGUUUUAAAAUAUGUUGCCUACUUAAGGGCGUUAAAGGAGAUUUUUGAUUGAAACCAACAUAGCCAAAUGGCUACCAAAGUUAUACAGAAUGACGAAAAUAAACUGAUCGAUUCGGCUCUUAAUGGCGAUAAAGAAUACGUAUACUUUAUGAGGUCAUAAAAACUUGAAUGCACAUGUUACAUACUUUAUUUCGAUAGCAAUAUACAUAAACCCUUUUUUAAACACAUAUAAAAAGGGCUUAAUUAGUAAAAUAAUUAUAUUAGUUAAGGAGUAAAUUGAAAAAAAAAUAAAAGAAUUACGCACUAACACUUGA